AUGCCCAGUCUUCACCUCCAGAAAUACUCAUUUGAAGUUAAACACGAGAUAACGUAUUUCAGCCUCUGGUACUGCAACAAACAAAACCAGCAGAGAUGGAUUGAUCUGGGGAAGCCGCUGAAGAAACAGCUUGACAAGUACGGACUGGAGCCGACCGUUUACUUUGGGGUGGUGUUCUACGUGUCGUCUGUUACACAGUUACAACAAGAGAUAACCAGAUACCAGCAUUAUCUCCAGCUGAAGAAAGACGUUCUGGAGGGGAAGAUCCCGUGCUCCAUUGAGCAGGCCAUUCAUUUGGCCAGCUUGGCUGUGCAAGCCGACCUUGGGGACUUCAAUCGAUAUGAUUCCCAGGAAUUCCUUCAAAAAAUUGUGCUUUUUCCAAUGCCAUGGAUACAGGACGAAAGGGUUGUGGAAGAGGCCACUCAAAAAGUCACCAUGCUCUAUCAAAACUACCGGUUUCCUACAGAUAAUCUUUACAUCAAUAACCAGAACGGUUUCUACUACCAUUCCCAGACCAGUCUGGACCGCUCUCCGCACGAGUACAACGGCCGAAUGCGUAACGGCAGCGUUUACAGCGCCCAGAGCACCAGCUCCCUCAACAACCCGCAGCACUACAUGCAGCCGUCACCCAUGUCGUCCAACCCCAGCAUCACAGGAAGUGACCUCAUGCGGCCCGACUACGUGCCUUCCCACCGGCACAGCGCCCUGAUCCCGCCGUCCUACCGCGCCACUCCCGAUUACGAGGCGGUCAUGAGGCAGAAGAACCUCGGGAUGGUCCCGCCGGCCGAGCGCCAGAGCCACUCCAUGAGGAACCUCAACAUCGGCAACUCGUACGCUUACAGCCGGCCCGACCCGCUCGUGUACAGCCAGCCGGAGAUCCGCGAGCACGGCGCGGGCCAGUACCCCUUCCACCUCAACUACAGCUUCCACAGCCCCUCCCCGUACCCCUAUCCCACCGAGAGACGACCCGUCGUGGGUGCCGUCAGCGUCCCCGAGCUCACCAACGUCCAGCUCCAGCAGGCGCAGGAAUAUCCGCCGCCCAACAUAAUCAGGAAUCAGGUUUAUUGGCCGCCACCGCCGUAUCCCUACCCUCACCCUCGACCCGCCAACAGCACCCCGGACUUGUCCCGCCAUCUCUACGUCAGCAGCAGCAACCCGGAUCUGAUCACGCGCCGCGUCCAUCACUCGGUGCAGACCUUCCAGGAGGACAGCCUGCCUGUGGCGCACUCGUUGCAGGAAGUGAGCGAACCACUCAUCACGACCCGGCGGCCUCACAUGCACAAGCGCAACUCCAUCGAGAUCGCCGGUCUGGCGUACGGCCUGGAGAACAUGAGGCUGAUGGAGAGGAAGGCGUCCGCAUCAGCAGCUGAGACCCCGCCCCCUGUUGCCCAGGCGAUGCCACCUACAGCAUCCGGCUCUGACAUCAACGUCGCCCUGGAGGUCAUGAAACCCGAGGAUGCGGUCAUGAAGGAGGAUGUCAUCUACGGGCACAAAAAAUCCCUGUCCGACGCCACGAUGCUAGUGCACAGCAGCGGUGAGGAAGAAGAGUUCGAAGACGACAGCGGACGACACACACCGCAGUCUCAGGAUGCUGUGGGCGGUCCCGAGCAUCACAUGACGCCGAUGGGACGGCCCCUCGUAGAUCCGCCUGCUUAUCCGUUCAGCCACAGUAUGGAGACGGGCCCUCUGGCGUACCAGCCCCAUUCCAUCAUCCGCAAACCAGAGGACAUGGGGCAGCUGCCGCCUCUGCGAGAGCCCGGACACAUGGUGCCCUCGGUGUCAGAGGGGGAUCUGAGCGGACAGGGACGCUUGAGACAGAAGAGGGACGUCUAUAAGAGACCCGUCUCUGACGUGCCACCUGCCAGAAGGAACAUCGAUGGUCUUCCACCGGCGGGUAUGAAGAAAGGACGCUCCGAGGUCAAGAAGAUGGGUCCCCUGAAGAUGGCGGCUCUCAAUGGUCUGAGCCUGUCCAGAAUGCCUCUGCCCGAUGAAGGGAAGGACGACCCGGAGAACGCGUCUAAUGACGAGCGGUGUAAGGUACUGGAGCAGCGCAUGGAGCAGGGGAUGGUGUUCACCGAGUACGAGCAUGUGCCCAAGAAGCGGCCCAACUGCGAGUGCACUAUCGCUCAGAUGCCCGAGAACAGCGACAGGAACCGCUUCCAGGACGUCCUGCCCUACGACGACACGCGUGUGGAGCUGGUGCCCACCAAAGAGAACAACACGGGCUACAUCAACGCCUCGCACAUCAGGGUUACGGUCAGAGGUAAAGAGUGGAGUUAUAUCGCGUCUCAGGGUCCGCUCUCAAGCACCUGCCAAGACUUCUGGCAGAUGGUUUGGGAACAAGGAGUCGCCAUCAUCGCAAUGGUUACAGCAGAGGAGGAAGGGGGUCGUGAGAAGAGUUUCCGCUAUUGGCCUCGUCUGGGCUCUCGCCACAACACUGUUACAUACGGCCGAUUUAAGAUCACCACACGCUUCCGCACAGACUCUGGGUGCUACGCCACAACGGGCCUGAAGAUCAAACACCUCCUGACAGGACAGGAGCGAACCGUCUGGCACCUGCAGUACACAGACUGGCCCGAUCACGGCUGUCCGGAGGACUUUAAAGGCUUUCUCUCGUACUUGGAGGAGAUCCAGUCCGUGAGGCGACACACCAACAGCUCCAGCGAUCCAAAGAACACAAACUUGCCGGUCCUGGUGCACUGCAGCGCAGGGGUGGGACGCACUGGUGUGGUCAUCCUGUCUGAGAUCAUGAUAGCUUGUCUGGAACAUAAUGAGAUGCUGGACGUCCCGACUGUUCUGAACUUGCUGCGGCAGCAGCGCAUGAUGAUGGUACAGACGCUUUCACAGUACACCUUCAUUUACAAAGUCCUCAUUCAGUUCCUGAGAAACUCCAGACUGAUCUGAGACCAGCGCUGGCACAGAGGAGGAGCCUACGAGCCUCUCACAACCCCUCAGUCCCUGCCGGAGCCGUGGCUUCGCUUGUGCUUGCGCUUGCACUUCCUCACAGUGUUAGUGACGGGGCGAGACACGAGCCGGGGCAAGUAUAAAGGACGCUGAGCAUCGCUCUAUUUUACCAGUAUUAUUCACAGAUUUCACUGUGGGCUUGUACACGGAUGUCAGUCCCAGCACUUUUAUUUUGCUGUACAUAGACGCAGCUUUGUUAUUUAAUACGAGAUGCUGAACUGCAGUGGUUCUUUUAUACCGGAUUUUAUUAGUUUACCCAUGAAGGUUUAGUGAGCCAAAAUGCAAAUAGCGGACACAGUGUUUAAAGACGUGGCACGUGAACUUCAGCUGAUGGAUGAAUCUCACGAAAAGCCCAGAUUUGGUGUCAAAAUGUGCUUAAAAUAAUGCUGAAAUGCAAAAAAAGGUUUGCUUUUCUUUAUGCAAAAUGUUUGAAUGCUCGUAUCUUUUCAUGAGAUUCACCCAUUUGCAUCAUGGGAUGGAUAUAAGAGGACUCGGGGAGUUUGAAGUAUCACGUCCAGUGUUAUGCGGCAUAUUCAAGCGAAGCUGUUGCUUGAGAUUUUACCGUUUAACCCUACGAACGGGUUUCACCCAGCAAACACAUCUCAAGUUAGAAUGCAGCCAAAGACGGGAGGGUUCAGACGCAACCUAUGAAUAAGUUACAAUAUGUAUUAAAAUUGUAUGUGAAAUCUGUAUUCUACAUAUAAUAAUCAGAAAGGCUUUCUCGUUGCAUUAGGGGUGAUUUUGUAUUUUUGCAGCUCUUGCCACAUUUCCAUCUGCAUUCGAUAACCAGACGCACCAAAGAGCAUCACAGACUCGACUUUUGUAUUAGAGUGAACAAUAGUGUGGGUUUAUUGUGAACGGUUUGUGACCUCAUUAUCUUAAACACACCAUCUAUGAUGGUUUACCAAAGAGUUUUCAGCAUAUCGAGUUCUUUAAGUCUUAAAACACUGUGAAACUGCAUUAUCCAUUCUGUUUGCAGAGGAGCUGAAGGAGCAAAAUCAUUAGGCCCUUUGUGUUUUCAUUUGAAUUGCAGUCAGGUUAUUUACGAUAAAGCAGUGCAGACUGAUGCUACAUUCCACCAUAAUGGUGCUGUUGCAUGUUCUGAAAGGAACAGUUCACCCAAAAAUUUACAUUUGCUGAAAAUGUAC